GCUGCAUGCACUCUGGUGUGAGCGGCGUGGUGGGCAGAGGAUGUGGAAUGGCACAGCCCCUGGUGCCUCUGUGUGCUUGGUGCUUUCUUUACCCUUAUGGCUGCGUCUGCCCUUCCUCCUGGGGCCGGUAGUCCAUGCCUCCAUGCAUACUUGCGUGUUACAGGGUGUGCAGCAACAUUGAUUGACAGGUUACUAGGCAUCUGGUGUGCACAUCUCAUACGGUACCUACCUCUACCUCUGUGUGUCCCUGCAUGGUCACGUGUGGAGUUGGUAUGCUUAUGUUACCACUCCUGUGUGUGUUGAGGUGACUAAGCCUAUGCAGGCCUCCAUGCAUGUCCCCCCUCCUCCCUGGUGACAUGAAACCCCAGCAUCCAUUCUUUUCUGGGGUGGCUGCUGUUUCUUUACUUCUUGCAUUUCCUCCACAACCUGACCUCUCCCUCAAGGCAGGGUUGGGGAGAGGCCAGGCUGCCCCUUCCCAACACCUAGAACCCUCCUUCCAUUUCCUGUUUCCUCCUUUUUGGCAGCCUUUUCCAUCUUGCCAUCUGGCCUGGCACUCUGCCUAUUCAGCUCCACUGAAGGGAGCCUCAGGGAACAGCGGAUGGGGUGGGGACUGGGCAGGGGCCUGGCAGCUCUCAGCGCUCAGCUUGGGCUGCUCUGUGUAAGGCUGUCAGAAACGGAUGACUUUUUGACAAAUAGGCCCCACUAUAAAGAAACCCAAGGACUUUUCUUUUGGAAUGAGAGCAUUACCAUCUCCUUUAUGAAAAGAUUCUUUAAAAAAAAGAUUCUUAACUUUACCUUCAAGUAACAACUCAUGUAAUACAUUUUGGUCUAUUUAACAUUGUAACUUUGUCAACUGAAAGACUUGAAAUUCUUGGAAAAUAAUUGUUCAUUCACUCAUUCAAUGUCUAGUAUGUGCCCCCUAGUUGUAACGUGUAUUGAUUUUCCAAGUAAUGGUUAAGAAAGAUAAAGUGUUACUGUAAGUAUAGUGUGAACUGUUAAUGAAAUUUUAAUGCAGGCUGUUUCCAAAUAGGCCUUUUUAAGGUACAUGAUCUUUUACUAAGUGAGUUAUACAUAGUCAGAAAUGUGAUAAGAAGUGGUUAGUUGUUGUUUUCCGAUAUCACUUGCCCUGGGGAGGAGGUGAUGGACUUAGGGUGAGAAGCCCUGUGGAGGAGCACAGGGGGCAGGAAAGGAGGCCCCCUGCCGACAGACACACGUCGUGGGGAGCAGAACCCCCGCCCCUCAUGCAACCCUCAGAUGACUGCAGCUGCACAGGACUGCAACCCAGCAGAGUCAUCCCAGAUUCCUAUCACUCAGAAACUGUGGGGAUGCUUAUUGUUUUAAGCCGCUAAAUUUUGAGGUAUUUUUAUGCAGCAAUAUGUAACUAAUACAUAUUUUAAUCUUUGAGGCAUAAAAUAAAUAGGUCAAGAAUUACCUGUUCUACAAAAUAUUGAAAAGCACCCUGUCCUGAUAUGCCAAGGUUGUGGGUUCGAUCUCCAGUCAGGGCACGUAUAAGAAGCAACCAGUGAAUGCAUUAAAAUUUAAAAAAAAAAAGAAAAGAAGAAGUGGUCAGCUGUAAAAAAGAAACAAAAUGUGGUUAGCCGACUGCACUGAUAUGAAAUGUAGCAGAAUCACAGACUGAAUAAACAGGGGGGGAGGGGCAGAUACCCUGCCCCACAGCCAGUGAAUACCACAGAGCCUGCUAAGCAGAGAGACUGAAGUGUGCGUGAGCUUGGGAAAGAAAGCAGUGACAAAUGUGGUCCCUGCCCCAGGAUCCUACCAUCUAGUCGGGGAAAUGGAACAAACAGACAUAAAACAACCUGAGGAGUGUGAAGCAGCAAGCUAAGUGCUUACGUAGUUAAGGUAAGGAAAAUGAAGUUCAGAGCGAUUAAGACACUCUUCUGUGGACAAAAUCUAGGCAAAUCGGCAAAGCCAGGAUUUAAACCCAAGCAGUCCAGCACUGUGCUCUGGGGCCUUGCUCCAGAAAGCCACUCUGGCCAAAUGAAAGGUCUGCAGAUGAUGAAGCUCUGACCAAAGGCAUCCAUCUGCCCUGCAGCCGUAGCCCACAUUCUCAUGCCCUGCCUCAGCUCGCUUUGGGACUGUCUCUGUGCAGCCUCCAGGGCCCCUGUUCUGGAGAUAAAAGUGAUGCCAGGACCCUGAUGUGCUCCAUGAUGCCCCAAGCCUAGCUCCUCGGCACACUUAGGCACGAUGUUGGUCAACUCCUUCGCCAACACUUCUACCAACAACUCUGAGGUCCCGUGCCCUGACUACCGGAACACCCACCGCCUGCACAUGGUGGUCUACAGCCUAGUUCUGGCCGCAGGGCUUCCGCUCAACGCGCUGGCCCUCUGGGUCUUCUUGCGCGCUCUGCGCGUACACUCAGUGGUGAGCGUGUACAUGUGCAACCUGGCGGCCAGUGACCUGCUCUUCACCCUAUCGUUGCCAGUGCGCCUCUCCUACUAUGCGCUGCACCACUGGCCCUUCCCGGACCUCUUGUGCCAGACAGCAGGGGCCAUCUUUCAGAUGAACAUGUACGGCAGCUGUAUCUUCCUGACCCUCAUCAACAUUGACCGCUACGCUGCCGUCGUGCACCCGCUGCGGCUGCGCCACCUGCGGCGGCCCCGCGUGGCGCGGCUGCUGUGCCUGGGCGUGUGGGUGCUCAUCCUGGUGUUCGCAGUGCCCACUGUGCUCGUGCACAAGCCGUCGCCCUGCAGCUCCCAUGGCCUCCAUGUGCGCCUGUGCUUUGAGAGCUUCAGCGAAGAGCUGUGGCAAGGGGGGCUGCUACCGCUCGUGCUGCUGGCCGAGGCGCUGGGCUUCCUGCUGCCGCUGGUGGCCGUGGUCUAUUCAUCCAGUAGGGUCUUCUGGACCUUGGCGAGGCCUGACGCCACGCAGAGCCUGCGGCGGCGGAAGACGGUGCACCUCCUGCUGGCCAACCUGGUUAUCUUCCUGCUGUGCUUCGUGCCCUACAACACCACGCUGGCCGUCUAUGGGCUGCUGCGGAGCAACCUGGUGGUGGGGAGCCAGGCGGCCCGUGAUAACGUGCGCGGGGUGCUGAUGGUGUUGGUGCUGCUGGCCGGCGCCAACUGCGUUCUGGACCCGCUAGUGUAUUACUUUAGUGCCGAGGGUUUCCGCAACACCCUGCGCGGCCUGGGCUCUCCUUUCAGGCCCAGCACCUCGGCCACCAACGGGAUUGGAGGGGCGCUUGCCCAAAGGCCCUCUGAGAAUACCAACACCAUGAGGCCUGCUUCCGCCAACCAAGGACUGCUCCGGCAUUCCAGUCUCCGGGCGCCCUUCAGCCAGAGCCCUGAGGAUUCUGUCCUCUGAACGCACAAAGGGCCCUAGUGCGGUUACAUCCAUCUCUAUCCCCUCACGCUUCUCACACUCGGAAGACUUGCAGGGUGCGCCUACUUGCAGGGCGUAUACAUGAUCAGACACCUGUGUUUCUGCAUAGCAACUUCAGUUCAUAAAUGCAGAAGGAGCAAAGUGUGGGAACAAGGGGCACAAGGAAGGAAGAGUGCUGGUAGAAAUGUCUUUAAAUUGGCGGUGUUGGUGAGCGUGGGGAAGACCUCUUUUCCUGUCCUUAGGAAGUGAUGCUGUGAGCCUGCCAAUACAGAGAGAGGCAGAACACUGGAUGAAGUGCCCUUGGCGGGACUUGAAACACUGCUGAGAGCUGGCUGACCGGGCAGAAAACCGGUGUCCUGGAUUUAGACUGACCACAGCAGUCUUAAGGCCAUAGAUGCCGCCCACAUUUCAUCUCCACCUCUGCUUCCCCUGCCUGGCAUUGAGGCCAUAAUAUGAGAGUGCAUUGGAUACACAGAACUGGUUUCCUUUUUGUAUAGAGGUUUGUAACAAGUUAGACCCGACCCCCAACAUGAGGUGGUUGGGGGCAGGGCAAAACCGUGAGAAGGUUUUUUCCUCCAAAAUCUUGGCCUCUCUUUCCCUUUCUAAGUGUUAUCCUUAAACUUUAACUCCCUUCCAAGACCUCCUCCAAUCUAGGUCCUAAGUCUCCCCCUCUCCCCCCACCCCUGCUUCGUCUACAAUAAGGAAACAAUUGUACUAACAUGGCAGUUCUCAAGCUUUUUGGUCUCAGACCCUUUUACACUCUUAAAAACUGAGGAUUCUAAAGAGCUUUUGCUUGUACUUUACCACAUUAGAAAUUAGAUACUUACCGUAUUAGAAAUUAAAACGAAGCUUUUAAAACAAAUUCGUAAGCACACAUUUCAUUAGUGGUGAGUGCAAUGAUAUCAUCAUAUUUCAUGAAGCCUCUGGAAAACCCCACUGUAUAUUAGUGAGAGAACAAGAGUGGAAAGAACAAACGACUGGUAUGGUCAUACUGCUGUCCUCAUCGGCUUCAGAACUCGUCAGACCCUGUACUCAUCACAUUUUGACGAGAAACAAAAAUGCUUCAGCACUCAGCACUUGCUCGGCGGGACUCGUUGGUUUGGGCACCGUCACUGAGUUUCGGAAGGAGUUACUGACAAGUACCAAGGAUCUCAAGGAGGAGCUGCUCUUCAUGAAGAACCCUGAGGAGGAAGGGUCUACAAAACCAGAUUGCCACCUCUAGGUUGAUAGUGGAGUUGGAUGUGCCCAAAUCUCAGGACCUCAGCAAGAUCGCUGCAGACAUCUGGGCCCGGUAUGAUGACUGACUGGCUUGGGAGAACUGACAGGAUCUAGACAAGUACUGGUCUCAGCAGAUUGAGGAGAGCACCACAGUGGUCACCUCGCAGACAUCUAAGAUGGGAGCCGCUGAGAUGACACAGAGCUGAGACAUAUGGUCCAGUCCUUCCAGAUUGACCUGGACUUGGUGAGAAAGGCCAGUUUGGAGCACAUCCUGAGGGAGGUGGAGCCGCACCACGCCGUGCAGAUGGGACAGCUCACUGGGCUCCUGCUGCCCCUGGAGUCAGAGCUGGCCCAGACCUGGGCAGAAGGGCAGCGCCAAGCCCGAGUACCAGGCCUUGCUGAGCAUCAAGGUCAAAAUGAAGGCUGAGAUCGCCACCUACUGUGGCUUGCUGGAAAAAGGGGGGGACUUCAAUCUUGGUGAUGCCCUGGACAACAGCCAGUGCAUCCAAAAGACCACCACCUGAAGGAUUGUGGAUGGCAAAGUGAUGUCCGAGGUCAACGACAGCCAAGUUCUGAGGUGUUAAGGCAGCAGAAGUGGGGCAACCCUUGAGCAGGAGGCCAACAAAAAGUUCAGAAAUCAAAAUAAAAUAUAAUAAAAACA